UAUAGCUUUCAUCAAUCACAACUCUUUCUUUCUACUAUCCUUCUUUUCCUACCUCAAAUUUGAGGAUUUUCUAAAGAGUUAAUAUAAAGAUAGAUAUAUAGAGAGAUAGAUCAAACUUCGACUACGAAACAUGGCCGGAGGCGGAUUUGCAGCCUCGGGUGGGGGCACGGAAUUCGAGGCGAAGAUCACACCUAUUGUCAUCAUUUCUUGCAUAAUGGCCGCCACCGGCGGCCUGAUGUUCGGCUACGACGUUGGUGUCUCAGGUGGUGUGACAUCAAUGACACCUUUCUUGGAAAAAUUCUUUCCUGAGGUUGCUAAGAGGGCAAAUGACCCAAAUUUAAACAGUAAUUAUUGCAAAUAUGAUAAUCAAGGGCUGCAAUUAUUCACAUCAUCACUCUAUUUGGCUGGUUUAACUGCAACCUUCUUUGCUUCCUACACAACAAGAAAGCUUGGGAGAAAAUUGACCAUGUUGAUUGCUGGUGUUUUCUUUAUUGUUGGAGUUGUUCUCAAUGCCGCAGCCCAAGAUCUUGCCAUGCUCAUCAUUGGCAGGAUCUUGCUCGGUUGUGGCGUUGGUUUCGCCAACCAGGCUGUCCCACUAUUUCUAUCAGAAAUUGCACCUACCAGAAUACGUGGAGGACUCAACAUUUUGUUCCAACUUAAUGUUACGAUUGGAAUUCUUUUUGCUAAUCUCGUCAACUAUGGAACUGCCAAAAUCAAAGGAGGAUGGGGCUGGAGGGUGUCACUUGGGCUGGCAGGCGUCCCGGCCGCCCUCCUCACCGUAGGCGCGUUGAUGGUAGUUGACACUCCCAACAGUUUAAUAGAACGCGGUCGUUUAGAUGAAGGAAAGGCCGUGCUCAAGAGGAUCCGUGGCACGGAUAAUGUAGAGCCCGAGUUCUUGGAGCUGUGUGAGGCCAGCCGCGUUGCCAAGCUCGUUAAGCACCCUUUCCGGAACCUUCUCAUGAGGAGGAACAGACCACAGUUGGUCAUAGCUGUUGCUUUGCAGGUUUUCCAGCAGUUCACAGGAAUCAAUGCAAUAAUGUUCUAUGCUCCUGUCCUGUUUGACACUGUUGGAUUUGGGAAUGAUGCAGCCCUGUACUCGGCCGUGAUCACGGGCGCGGUCAACGUGCUGUCCACGGUCGUCUCAAUCUACUCCGUGGACAGAGUGGGGCGGCGCGUGCUUCUGCUGCAGGCCGGGGUGCAGAUGUUCAUAUCGCAGGUGGUGAUCGCCGUGCUGCUGGGGAUAAAGGUGAAGGACCACUCCGAGGAUCUCAGCCGUGGAUACGCGAUCUUCGUGGUGAUCUUGAUAUGCACGUUCGUGUCCGCCUUCGCGUGGUCUUGGGGCCCGCUCGGGUGGCUCAUCCCGAGUGAGACGUUCCCCUUGGAGACGAGGUCGGCCGGGCAGAGUGUGACCGUGUGCGUCAACCUCCUCUUCACGUUCGUGAUAGCGCAAGCCUUCCUCUCGAUGCUCUGCCAUUUCAAGUUCGGGAUCUUCUUCUUCUUCUCCGGAUGGGUGCUCGUGAUGUCGUUCUUCGUGCUGUUCUUGGUGCCCGAGACGAAGAACGUGCCCAUCGAGGAGAUGACGGAGAGGGUGUGGAAGCAGCAUAGGGUGUGGAAGAGGUUCAUGGAUGAUGAUCAUAAUGAGAAAAAUGGAAUUGAUAAAGGGUUUGAUCCACAUUCUCAGUUGUGAAGAUAUUUUUCCUUUGUUGUUUGGGUUUGAGGGGUUUUUUUUACAUAAAUAUUCUAUAGAUAGAUGUUGUGAAAUAGCAUAAAAGUUGCUUUUAUUUCAUUGUAAUCCAUUGUGGAAAUCUUCGGAAUAUAGGGAUAAAAUUGAAUAGCA